CGCGUUCCUCGGAAUCGCCCCACGAGCGAAUCGGAAAGUCGCAGUUCGCCUCCUCCCUCCUCUUCCUUUCUUCUCCUCGUAGGCGGCGGCGGCGAUGGCGUCGUUCUCGGAGGCUCCCCCCGGCAACCCCAAGGCCGGCGAGAAGAUCUUCAAGACCAAGUGCGCCCAGUGCCACACCGUCGACAAGGGCGCCGGCCACAAGCAAGGUCCAAACUUGAAUGGUCUGUUUGGGAGGCAGUCAGGUACUACCCCUGGUUACUCCUACUCUACGGCCAACAAGAACAUGGCUGUGAUCUGGGAGGAGAACACGCUGUAUGACUACCUGCUCAAUCCUAAGAAGUAUAUUCCUGGAACCAAGAUGGUUUUCCCUGGGUUGAAGAAACCACAGGAGCGUGCUGACCUCAUUUCCUACCUGAAGGAGGCAACGUCUUAAAAGGAAGGGCCGUCUUAACAUGAGAAAUCGGACAAUUCAUUCUACAGUUAAUAAAAAGAUUUAGACAUCUGGGUCGCCCUGGUUUUACAGGGUGUAAUCCACGAGACAAUUAUCUUCUUGAAUAUUUCUUUCGUAUGGUAUGGGUUCCAUAUCACUAGGUUUAGCAGGAAAGUCUUUUACAUCUUUUACUUCGGCUGCUGGAAAACGCCAGUAUUUUGAUCGCCAGUUGGUAGGACUGGAGUGCAUCAUGUUUGGAAAAUACUGAGAUCCUCGAAGUCUUGAUAUUUUGAUCCAUUUCAUUUGCUACG